CUACUCUUUUAUUCAACUAACGAAAGAUAUGUUACAAAUUACCAGAGUCUUGCUUGACUUCAUCCUUGUACAGAAGCAAUCUGCAAAAACAAAGGGAAAACGAAACAUCCUGUGAAUGCUCUUCUCAAUCAGGACAAAGUCUAGGAUGACUCAAAUCUCGAUCAGGUGUCACGCAACAACAACAAGCAGCAUUAUCAAAGAAUCGGUUAACGUUUUCCACUUUCCGAUAUGUCUCUGUUACUGUGUCAUGCAUUUGCAUAGGAGUACGACGUUUGGAAGUAAAUAACCCAGUGACAACAAUCACAAUAAAAUAGAGGUGUUCUAUACACACACAUUUCCAAACUUGUGUUGCGCAUUGCGACAACAGCAUACAACGAAUCGAGAAGCAUUGCAUGACUACGUAUUGCGGUUACCAGCUGUGAUGGUUUCGAAAUAAAAAUAACAAAAAAAAAAAGGCAUAAAGACAAGAGGUAUACUCACAUCCUUUCAAAGUUGCGUCGUCGAUGAAGGUCUGAUCGGUCUCAGUCGUCGACAGCUAGCUUAUAAGACCCUUCAUUUUUGUUUUAUUUCAAGGGAAGGAAGGAUCACGUGAAUGCAUCGUGGACAGCUUCUCCUUUCGCAGGAGCAGCAUGUGAAAUGCGAUACCUCUUGCCGACGCGCUCUUUUUUCUUCUUUCUUUUGGUAUGAUAACACAACCGCGAAACACCCGUCUGGCUUUUUCCAAACGCUCUUUGGGAACACCAACCACACACACACAAAAAAGAAACCGUUAUCGCCCUCGCAAGAUGAAUUUUCGACUGGUGGUAUACGCUGUCUGCCACGUACGAGCUUCCAGCAGUGAGUGUGCCACGUAAGAGCCAAGUGAUGUGAGUAUUUCAAACCAUUUCUUGUGUUACAGUGUAUCUUAUAGCUAAAUGAAAUGCGGGCAUGUAUUUGUUUUAAAUUCUUUUUAUUGUUUCGCUCAGAUGAGACAGCAGAGACAUGGUAGCCGAUUUCGAAAGAGUGAUACCGUAACCGCUGUGCUUUCCAUUCCCAAUGAGUCUUGCAAUAUUGUACACAUUGCCGGGACAUCGUUCUAUUACUUGCCUGGGUUCGAAGCUUAUUUCACAUAGCUUCGAGCACUCGAAGUUAUAAUAAUUGUGCGCGACAUUUGCUUCUUUCAAGCAAUGCCAUAGUUGACGUGUAUCAUUUUGCGACAGAUUUACUCCGUAUCUCGUCGGAUGACCAUUGCUGAGCCAAAGGCGUACGGCAGUUACUGCAGCUGGACAUCGGUGGACGUAGAUGUUAUGGUCAAUCUGAGUCACGGUAGUGCAUUUUCCCUGUUUCAGUGUUGGUUUUGUAAAUUCUGUUGUAGCUACGAAAACGAACAGGGAAACAGCACUCAGAAAGGACAAGGUGUAGCAGAACAUCUCCGGACAUCUAUUUACCAUGACGACCUACAGUAAAAUGAGACAACUCGUCAUGGAUUUCAAUAUUUAUUGGUAUGAGGACGGCGACAUUUUCCUUGGAGUUGAUGAUCCUGGGUAACGUCCCGCAUGCCGCACACAUCAUCACCCGAUUGAGACCAGGAAUCGCCAGCGUUGGCUGGCUGUUCGACAUCGGACCAGUGAUCGCCAGUCAUUUCGUCGUCGGUGGUGGCAGGUAGUUCUCCGGAACCCAAGUCCUUCUACGACUUCCAGAAGGUUGCAACAGUCGGUCCAACGUGUCCGAAGGAUCAUCGUCGUCAUCAUUGCAUCAGUGUACAAGUAAGCAUCAUGUCUUCGUCGAUCUUGCAUAAACUUGACAAGUUAAAGAAAUGUGGAGAGUUUCAAAAAAUGGCGACAAUUCCUAAAAACAUCAAGUAUGAUGUGGUUGAUGUUAACAAAAUUGAAACGAGGUAUGGCGAGGCGGUCUACGUAGAAAUUAUGAAGGAUCACGAGCACGUAAAGGUGUUCCUUCCAGCUCGGUUUCAUAAACUAAGCACUCAAGACAUCGAAGACAUGAGGAACACGAGCGGACUCUGGAUGGAGAAGAAAGAGCGAGUUGGAAAAGAGGGGAAACGUCUUCUUUCGCCAGACAUCGUGUUCGGUCAAUCCGAGUAAAAAAAUAAAAAGAAAUGGUGACAUGCCACCUUUGUCCUCCGGCCGAUCGGCAGCACUACACAACAGCGCUGGGACUUCAAGUUCAUCUGGCUAACGUUCAUAACCUUGCAACACCCUGUAUCCCAUUUUGUGAGACACUCUGUACGCUCCGCAACUAUACCAACCGCUAUGAGCUUCAUCUACAUGACAGAGACGACGACGGGCAGGAUGUCAGCACAUUCUUUCAUGAAAACGGACGCUACCUUGCCGGUGUACUUCGACAUUUCGGAUUUCCGUUACGCUUUUAUGUUUUGCUGAAGGCGGAACUCGGUCGACAUACGCCUGAGGAUGAGAUCAUAUUUGUCACUCAAUUUAUUCCUUCGAGUGUGCAUACGCUGUGGUCGGAACGAGACGUAGAACGUGCUGUCAUUGAAGUAGGCACUGAAGUCACCAACAAUUUAGAAAAGCUUGAAAUGCAAGGGUCGGGAUUUUUCUUAUUUCGAAUUCACGCCUGCAUUCUUCAUGUCGGUCGUCUCGCGCCACAGCUCAUUGGUUGUACCGACUUUGAAUUGCCAAACGAAUUGAAAAAAAAGUGUCGGUGUCUUCUGAGUGUCGACCUUCACGAGGAUAGUGAACAGAACAUGUGUUUCGCAUUUUGCGUACUUGCCGGUCUACAUCCUGCAAAGGGUUCUUACAGACGCAGAGCUUCAUCCUACAGGUCAUACCUGUCUCAAUAUGUAUUUCCAGAGACGUUUCCUGUAGUGUUCCCGAAAGAUGUAGAAAUGUUUGAGAAGCAGAACGAUGUGAGCAUUAACGUGUACGGUUAUGACAAAGAUGAAAAAUAUGUUUACCCGAUUAAGGUUGUUGACGACCAGUGCAAGAAGCAUGUCGAUCUACUGCUGAUUGACUUCCAUUUUGUACUCAUUACUAAUUUCAAUGCUUUGUUCACACCACCUGGUUAUUUUCACUGCAAACGGUGUACGAUGGGUUUCACCACCCCGGGUGUACUCGCCGAUCAUCUACUAAUGUGUAAACAACAAAAAGUGUCCAAGACUAUUUUUCCAAAGAAGGGUGAGACACUGUCGUUUGCCGGAGAGCAUUUGAUGUCGGAAGUUCCCUUCUACUGUGUAUGCGACUUUGAGAGUGUACUAUCACCGUGUUCGGGAGGCGGGAAUGUCUACGAGGAACACAUCCCUUCAUCCUUCUGUCUCCUCGUCAUACGCUCGUGCGAUUCGUAUGUCUUGAAGAAACAUAUUUACCGUGGUGCAGACUGCGUUUCCGUUUUCAUGGAACUAUUGCGUAAGUUGCAUGAUGAGCUGUAUGCGAUGUUGCACGAGACUGUGCCCUUGCAAAUGACCCCAGGAGACGAACUCGAACAUUCUGAAGCCACUCACUGUAACAUCUGUAAAGAACCAUUCACUAAGAAGCAGAAAGUGCGAGACCAUGAUCACGUAAGUGGAGAAUUUCGCCAAUCAUUGUGUCAGGGAUGUAAUCUGAAACUGCGGAUACCACGGAAAGUGCCCAUCAUUGCACAUAAUGCCAAUUAUGACCUCGGAUUCAUAGUAGCUCAUCUGCACCUGCUUCGGAAGACAGAUAUCAGAGUGAUAGCCUCCAGAUGUCAAAAGUUUAAGGCUAUAGACAUUGGUGUGUUCCGCUUCAUAGACUCGUUAAGCUUCCUCAAUGCUAGUCUCGACACAUUGAUGAAAAAUCUAUGUGACAAAGGUGAAUCUAACUUCAGGUGUCUGCGUCAGUUUUUCGUAGAGGAGGACUACUUCAGGUUGGUUGUACGUAAAGGGGUUUUCUGUUAUAACUACGUUACCUCUUUUGAACGUUACGACGAGCCCUGUUUGCCAUCACGUGACCAGUUCUUUAACCAACUGAACGGAUCAGAAGUGAGCGAGGAAGAUUACCGCCAUGCGCAAAAUGUGUUUGAAAAAUUUCAACUGAAGAGCCUGGGCGAGUACUCGGAUUUGUACCUUCUGACGGACGCAUUGCUUCUGGCAGACGUGUUUCAAAACUUCCGAAUAUGGGCGUUGGAGACGCACAAAAUUGAACCACUUCAUUUCGUGUCACUCCCGGGACUAAGCAUGUCUUGCGCACUAAAAAUGAGCCGGAUUAAUCUGGAUUUAAUCCACGAUCCCGAUGCCUAUCUGUUAAUUGAACGGGGCCUGCGUGGUGGUAUGACCCAGUGUUCAACGCGAAUGGCCACUGCAAAUGUCCCAGGGACAGAUCAGUACGAUCCCGAAAAACCAAAGACCAUAAUUCAUUACAUGGACAUAAAUGGACUCUAUGGCACAGUGAUGCGUGAACCACUCCCAUUCGGAGACUUUGAAUGGCUGUCACCCGAAGAGGUUGCAGGUUUAGAUGUAACCCUUGUUGCAGAUUAUGCAGACGUUGGUUAUUUUUUAGAGGUAGACCUGGCCUACGUACAAGAGCUCCACGAACGACAUAAAGAUUUACCGCUCGCGCCCGAAAAAAUGAGCCUCCCGUAUGAGUUGCUUUCGGAUUAUCAGAAAGACCUGAUGAAAAAAUUUAACCUCCCACAGCAUGAUAUAGAACCGAAAUUACUCCUUACACUGCUUGACAAGAAGAAGUAUUUUCUUCAUUAUCGCAGUCUAAAGUUGUACCUACAGUUGGGUCUUCGGCUCGAGAAAAUUCACCGGGUGCUCAGGUUCAAACAAAAACCAUUCCUGCGAUCCUAUGUUGACUUCCAUCAUGAACUACGCAAGCAGGCAACCAAUACCUUCGAACGUAACCUGUACAAGUGUUUAAUUAACUCCGUAUAUGGGAAAACAUGUAUGAAUGUACGAAAGUUUGUCGACUGUCGCUUAGCAACUUCCGAGGAGCAAGUGUUGAGAUUCUUGCGUAAACCGAACCUCAAACAAUUCAGGGCUCUAAGCUCUAACGUAGUCUUGUUUCAGUUCGCUCAAUCGAUAGUCCGUAUGCGACAGCCUCUGUACCUGGGGUUCACUAUUCUCGAGCUGUCUAAAGUCAUGAUGUAUGACUUUUAUUAUAACAACUUGCUUCGGGUAGCCCCGGACACAAGGCUCUUGUAUAUGGACACAGAUUCUUAUAUCGUGAUGCUGAGCGAUGAGAAGGCCCUUGCGGAGCUCGCCGAUACCCACCUUGAUACAUCUGGUCAUUCUUGUGAUGACUCGAUGUAUUCUACGAAAAACAAGAUGGUGCUAGGAAAAUUUAAGAACGAAAUGCCCCACGACCACAUCCUAGGGUUCUGUUGCCUGAAACCAAAGCUCUAUGCACUAGACCUCCAUAGUAAAAGACGAUACAAUCGUGCUAAGGGGGUGAAACAAUGUGAAGCCCAGAAGUUGCAUUAUUCAAUGUACAUAGACUCUCUUAAGCUUGGUGAAGUGUACAAAGUUUGUCAGAACCUCAUUGUGCGCAAGGAAAAUAUAAAUAAAAGUGUAUGUGUUACGAAAGUAGCUUUAAAUCCCCUAGACACAAAGCGUUUCAUUUGUGAGGAUGGUAUCCACACGUUACCCUUUGGGUACGCAUCCAAUGGAAAGAUGUAGACAGUUUUUAUGCAUAUGUUUUCCUACCUGGCUGUUGUUGUUGUAAUGCUGUUUUUUAUAUAUAUAUAUAUAUAAGAUUGUGCCUGUAACGACAUGGAAAUAAAUACAAUUUUAUUGUGUCAAAGUACACUGCAACAUGA